AGAUUAGUGCAAGGACGGUCCCGGUUGUGCUCAGCUGCAAAGAAGCAAUCGUCGAGAUGACUCUCCUCCACGAGAAGCAAGUUCGUGUCCUGAAGCUCUUUGAGCGACUUAAUGUCGCUGCAACAGGCGAGAACAACAUCCCUGCCGAUCUAAUCGACAGUCGAUUAAAAACUGUCGGACAAGUGGCGGCCAACGCUUUUUUCUCAUGCUUCUUGCCCGAGCAUUUGGAGGAAGCCCGCAGACUGAUUGAAAUUCUCUACAGUGCAAACGACUUCGAAGAUUUCAUUCACUUAGCAGAGCAGGCCCGAUCAUUUGUGAACUCUACACUGUUUGCUUAUGCAGCGGAAGUUGCUCUAUUGCAUCGAAAAGAUUGCCAUGGAAUCAUUGUUCCACCCAUUCAAGAAAUCUUUGCUGACAGAUUUGUUCCUUCUGAUACCCUCAUCAGAGCGUUCAAUCUCGCCACAACUAAACCGGUUGGAGAUGAAGGUGAUAUCACUGUCGACGUGCAAGAAACAGGUAAUAUUUUGGAUCCUGAAUACAAGUUGGCCUAUUACAGGGAAGACAUUGGUGUUAAUGCACAUCAUUGGCACUGGCAUGUGGUUUAUCCUUCUGUAUACGACGCUAAGUUUUUUGGUCAACCUAAGGACAGGAAAGGAGAACUUUUCUACUACAUGCAUCAGCAGAUGUGCGCCAGAUACGAUUGCGAGCGUUUGUCCAAUGGCUUGAAUCGAAUGGUAGCUUUCCACAACUUCGAAGAACCACUUGAAGGUUAUGCUGCUCAUCUUACUCACAUUGCUAGCGGUCGAUAUUACGCCGCUCGUCCUAAUGGGUUGGCAAUGCACGAUUUACGCAGUGUCGAUGUCCAGGACAUGGAAAGGUGGACAGAACGUAUUCUUGAAGCCAUCCACAUUGGCAAAGUUAUUGACGCUGAGGGACAUGAUAUCCCAUUGGAUGAAGAGAACGGAGCUGAUAUCAUCGGUGCUCUUAUUGAAUCUAGUGUUGACUCCAAAAACCCUCAAUUCUAUGGCAAUUUGCACAACUGGGGACACGUAAUGAUGGCCUACAUUCAUGACCCUGAUGGUCGAUUUAAAGAAACGCCAGGUGUCAUGAAUGACACUGCCACUAGUCUCAGGGAUCCAAUCUUCUACCGAUUCCAUAGGUUUAUCGAUAACGUUUUCCAAGAAUAUAAGCACACUCUUCCAGUUUACACGAAAGAAAAGCUCAAUUUCCAAGAUGUUCAAGUGACUGAAAUCAAAGUGAAUGCUAAGAUUUCUAACGUAAUCCAUACGUUCAUCCGUGAAGAUGAGUUGGAGUUGUCGCAUUGCAUGCAAUUUGCAACUCCUGGAUCAGUCAGGGCUAGAUACCAUCAUCUUGAUCACGAAGCUUUCUCUUACAUUAUCACCACCGUUAACAACAGCAACGUUGAGAAACAAGGCACAGUUCGAAUUUUCUUGGCUCCAAAAUAUGAUGAACUUGGCAACAUUAUUCCUCUGGAUGAGCAACGAAGGCUCUUCAUUGAAAUGGACAAGUUCUCCAUUGAAUUGAGGCCAGGAAAGAACACCCUUGUAAGGAGUUCAACUGAUUCAAGUGUCACCAUUUCUUCUACCUACACAUUCAAAGAACUUCUUCACGGAGAAGACAUGCAAGAGGACAGGGAUGAAUUCUGCAGCUGCGGAUGGCCCCAACAUCUUCUCGUUCCUAAAGGCAACGACAAGGGCAUGGUCUUCGAUUUGUUUGUAAUGAUCACAGAUGCAGAAAAAGACAAGGUCGCUACCACUGGAAAGACAGCAUGCACUGAUGCCCUCAGCUACUGUGGUGUUAUGGGCGAGAAGUACCCCGAUAAGAAACCUAUGGGAUUCCCCUUUGACAGAACAAUUGUAGCUGAAAGCCAAGAGGAAUUCUGCACUCCAAAUAUGCUGAUCUCCAACGUUAUAGUCCGAUUCCAAGAUUAAGAAGGAACAUUAUCCGUGGACCUUAUACAUGACUUUUACAUAUCGAACAUUGAUUUAUUUUCUGGAAACCGCAGCGAGCCAAGAAAACCACAACUGCGACUGAAAUUGUAAUAAAAUGAGUAUGAUCAUUAAAUCUGACGUUUCUAAGUGA